UAUCACCGGCCCCCCAGCAGACGCCCGCGGGAUGAUGGACAGCCGAAUAUUGGAGCCGCCUCACGCCCAGUUCGGAGGCUCCCUCGGCGGCGGCAUGGUGGGCUUCCCGUACCACCUGAGCCACCACCACGUCUACGAGCUGGCCACGGGCCAUCAAAUCCAGUCAGCCGCUGCCGCCGUCCCUUUUUCCAUAGACGGAUUACUCAAUGGGUCGUGCGCGGCGUCCGUGGGCGGCUCCGGCGGGCUCUUGGCGUCUGGUUGCGGGAUGAACGGAGACAAUCAACCGUACAAACUAACAGACUCGGGAGACCUGGACAAGGAGAGCCCAGGCUGCAAGAGACGAAGAACGCGCACAAAUUUCACCGGCUGGCAGCUGGAAGAGCUGGAGAAGGCGUUUAACGAGAGCCAUUACCCAGACGUGUUCAUGAGGGAGGCUCUGGCCCUCAGACUGGACCUCAUUGAGUCCAGGGUGCAGGUGUGGUUCCAGAACCGCCGAGCAAAGUGGAGGAAGAAAGAGAACACCAAGAAGGGUCCGGGCCGACCCGCGCACAACGCACACCCGACAACCUGCAGCGGCGAGCCCAUGGACCCGGAAGAGAUCGCUCGGCGAGAACUGGAUCGCCUGGAAAAGAAGAAACGGAAGCAGGAGCGCCGCCUGCUCAAGGCCCAGAACAAGCAUUUGCACGGGGAUCUAUUUCACACGCCGGGAUCGGACAGUGACAGCGGCUUGUCUCACGUCACUGACAGCGACCACGGAAGCGGUCAGCGCUUGGACCUCACCAAGCCUCUGUGCGACCAGCCGCCUCACUCGCUGCACGCGCCGAGCCAAAACCAAAGACACAUGGACCAGGACGCUGGCGGCUCCGAGCUCGAUUCGAGCGACAGCAGCCACCGAUCGAGCCUGUGCUGCGGGACCAACCGAAACUCCGGCUUGCAGAAACUCAACCCGUUCAGCGUGGAAAGCCUCCUAUCGGACUCCAGACCCAGGCGCAACUCCGCGCCCUUGCCCGCCUCUCGCCCCCUCAUUGGCAAAGGACACUUUCUGCUCUACCCCAUCACGCAGCCCCUCGGAUUCAUCGUCCCCCAGACGGCCUUAAAAAACCCUUCGAACCCCGACAGCGGUUCCGAAGAACAUCAGGCGGCCGGCAUCCACGAGCGCGCAGCCUCUUCCGGGUGCAGGAGCGUCUCCCCGGGCGCCGCGGAAAGAGACCGGGCGGGGUCGGGGUCCAGCAGCCCUGGGACUUUGGGCCAUGAACACGGCGCACAAUGCGGGAAGGAUCAUUUAGAGGAAAGUCAAGAAGAAUCUCCACCGAACUGUCACGAAAAAACGGAAUAAACUCAAGAGGGUAACGAACACCUUAAAAUUUAAGGCCAAAGCUCUUACUGUGCCACGUUAGGUUCUCCUCUCCCUUUGAGUGGGAGUGUCUAGAUAUCAUUUUAAACGUGUCAGAAAAAGCAACAACAAAACCCUCAAGAGCUGUUUAAAAAAAAAAAAGAAAAAAAAAGACUAUACUAUUUAUUUACAUAUGUGAGGCUUUUUUUCUUAAAUAAAUCUAUUGUAUACAAUCA